CCUGAUUCCUCCCGAUGCCCCACAAGUCUACUGGUGUGCGGAAGUUCCCGUAUCCAAUCUCGCGAGAAUAGGCCAGUAUCGCUUAGGCCGCGGUUGUUUUUGUUGUUAUUGUCGUCAAAAUGGCGACUGGCGGAGAGGCCCCGGAGUCCUGGUAUCUUGCCCUGCUUGGUUUUGCCGAACAUUUUCGCACUUCGAGUCCUCCUAAAAUUCGCCUCUGCGUGCACUGUCUCCAGGCUGUAUUUCAGUUCAAGCCUCCACAAAGAGUAGAGGCCCGAACGCACCUUCAGCUCGGCUCGGUGCUCUAUCACCACACCAAGAACAGCGACCUCGCCCGGAAUCAUCUGGAGAAAGCGUGGUGCAUCUCGCAACAAGUCCCCCAGUUUGAAGAUGUUAAAUUUGAAGCUGCCAGUCUUCUCUCAGAGCUUUAUUGCCAACAGAAUUUGGUUGAUUCUGCUAAGCCUUUACUACGCAAAGCCAUCCAGAUUUCCCAGCAGACUCCCUACUGGCACUGCAGAUUGUUAUUCCAACUAGCACAACUGCACACACUAGAGAAGGACUUAGUGUCUGCGUGUGACUUAUUGGGUGUAGGUGCUGAAUAUGCUAGGGUCGUCGGAUCAGAAUAUACCAGAGCUCUGUUUCUUCUGAGUAAAGGGAUGUUGCUGCUGAUGGAACGUAAGCUACAGGAGGUGCAUCCUUUGCUCACAUUGUGUGGGCAGAUCGUGGAGAACUGGCAGGGAAACCCCAUACAGAAGGAAUCCCUCCGGGUCUUUUUCCUGGUGCUGCAGGUCACGCAUUACCUGGAUGCUGGACAGGUGAAAAGCGUGAAGCCGUGUUUAAAGCAACUGCAGCAGUGCAUCCAGACCAUCUCAACACUCCACGAUGAUGAGAUCUUGCCCAGUAACCCCGCGGACCUCUUCCACUGGCUGCCUAAAGAGCAUAUGUGUGUGCUUGUCUACUUGGUCACUGUUAUGCACUCGAUGCAGGCCGGAUACUUGGAGAAGGCGCAGAAGUACACAGACAAAGCUCUAAUGCAACUAGAGAAACUAAAGAUGUUGGACUGCAGUCCCAUCCUCUCGUCAUUCCAAGUCAUCCUACUGGAGCACAUCAUCAUGUGUCGCUUGGUUACGGGCCACAAAGCGACGGCGCUGCAGGAGAUCUCUCAGGUGUGCCAGCUGUGCCAGCAAUCUCCUCGUCUGUUCUCCAACCACGCUGCUCAGCUCCAUACUCUAUUAGGUCUCUACUGUAUUUCUGUGAACUGUAUGGACAACGCAGAGGCUCAGUUCACUACAGCCUUGCGGCUUACUACACACCAGGAACUGUGGACUUUCAUCGUGACCAACCUGGCCAGUGUGUACAUUAGAGAGGGCAACCGACACCAAGAGCUUUAUAGCCUACUAGAGAGGAUAAACCCUGACCACAACUUCCCUGUCAGCUCUCACUGUCUGCGAGCUGCAGCCUUUUAUAUCCGUGGACUCCUCUCGUUUUUCCAGGGACGCUACAACGAGGCCAAGCGUUUCUUGCGUGAGACUCUAAAGAUGUCAAAUGCUGAGGAUCUGAAUCGACUGACCGCAUGCUCGCUUGUUCUUCUCGGACACAUAUUCUAUGUUCUGGGAAACCACAGGGAAAGCAACAAUAUGGUGGUUCCAGCCAUGCAGUUGGCCAGCAAGAUUCCUGACAUGUCUGUUCAGCUGUGGUCUUCUGCUCUGCUUAAAGAUCUGAACAAGGCCUGUGGGAACACGAUAGAUGCUCACGAGGCAGCACAAAUGCACCAGAACUUCUCCCAGCAGCUCCUACAGGACCACAUAGCUGCCUGCAGCCUGCCUGAACACAACCUCAUAAGUUGGACAGAUGGACCUCCACCAGUGCAGAUCCAAGCUCAGAAUGGACCCACAACCAGCCUGGCCAGCCUGCUUUGAAUACGCAACACAAUGAUAAACACACACACACACCCUCUCACUCACUGUGAGCACACAAAUUGUACAUACAGGUCAGCCUCUGAGCCCUCAUGCACAUAGAUACAUACACACACAUACAUUAAAACUAAAGGAGACAGGACUCCACUGCCUUUGUCCUGCAGAUUUUAUCUUGUAUUCUUCAGAUUUUAACUUAUUCUUAUUGAACUUGUAUGAUGUUGGGGCAAUGAGAUGACACUGAGACCUUGGGAACGGUUGGGAUAUGAGUCACAAUGGGCGCGAUAAUUAUUUCACUCCUCAUGAAUGUGCACACAUGGAGAAAAAAAAAACAGAGAAAGGCUCUACUGGGCAAGAGUUUGGUUUGGAGGCAUACAG